AUGCUGUUUGUCAUGUAUGCAUUGGGAACAUUGUUGUGUCCUAAUGCCAGUAUUUGUGUCACUGAUUAUUUGUUGAAGGUCAUACUAUCAACCAAGGAUAGAUUGGGUCAGUUUGAUUGGUCAUCUUAUGUGCUGAAUGAACUAUACAAGGGCAUUGGAGUGUACAAAAAACAAUUAGAAAAAGGCAAGUUGACUGAAAAGAAGAAGAAUGUGCCAGGUUGUCUAUACUUCCUACAAAUGUAUUGUCUACAAAAGUUUCCACUGGGGGAAACAAAAGCUUCACAUGUUGAGCAUACUCUUUCAUUUUGGGAUGAAAAGAAAGUGCAGCAAAGAGUUAACAUGGAGAAGGAGAGCGAUCAAGGAAUAUUGCAUCUGGCUAGUCAAGCCACCAAUUUUGAUGCAGAAAAUUUAACUCACCCGGAGAUCAAGAAAACAUAUGCCCGAUUAGUGUCAAUGCUGGGAGAGGAGAUGAUGGCCCUUCAGUCAAGACUAAUGAAGGAUAGUGGCAGUGCAAGUGAAGAGGAGAAAGAUGAUGAUGAAGAAUCUAAAUCAGAAGAGGAAAAAGGGGUCAAAGGAAGUGAAUCGGAGGAAGAGGAAAUUGAGGAAGAAGGAACUGAAUCGGAAGAGGAUAGAAAUGAAGAAGAAGAACAAAAAACUCAAUCAGAAAAGGAGAUGGGUGGAGAAGAAAUAAGGUGUGAUGAAGAGGACCAAAAGCAGUAA